AAAUUUGACACCCCAAAUUUUUGUGCAUUUCAAUCUUUGCAAGAGAUAACAUUGUUACGAUUUGUUCUAUGAUUAUGUAUUUAUUUGUUUUGUUAAAUUAAAUAGUCGUCUCUUAGCUAAACUCAGCCAUCAAAUGUAAAAGCGGAGAAUCUCAUGUACGACAAAUAAAUAAAUUUUAUUGUUUUUAAAGGACUUGCGUGACAAAUAUGCGUAUCUCCAAAAAUAGAUAUUAGAAUUGAAAUUUCGUACGAAGUCAUCCGAUUCUACUUUACUGGAACUCCUACUCCUAAUCCUAAACCUCCUUUAAUUCUCUCUUCUUUAUAACAACUUCAUAGCGGUGUUGUGUUGAGUCGGUUACACUACACUAUUUGGAAAAGUUGUGAAAAAAAAAAAAAUGUCUUCGAAAAGAGAUGUGGAGAGUGGGGAAAGAACCCUUUACCCUACGAUGCUUGAGAGCCCUGAACUAAGAUGGUCCUUCAUACGUAAGGUUUAUUCCAUCAUCACUUUUCAGUUGCUUCUCACCGUUGCUGUUGCCUCCGUCGUUGUUUUCGUUCCUCCGAUUCCUCGUUUCUUCGUUAGCACCACUCCAGGCUUGGUUCUUUACAUUGUUCUCAUCUUUAUUCCCUUAAUCACAUUAUGUCCACUUUACUAUUAUCACAACAAGCACCCUCUCAAUUACUUCCUCCUCCUGAUUUUCACAGUCACUAUGGCUUUUCCCGUUGGAUUGAGUUGUGCCUUUGUUAGCGGGAAAGUAAUUCUAGAAGCUGUCAUAUUGACUACUGUGGUUGUGUUCAGCUUGACUCUCUACACAUUUUGGGCCGCAAAAAGAGGUCAUGAUUUUAGCUUUUUGGGCCCAUUCUUGUUUGCAGCUUUGUUGGUUCUUCUCGUCUUUGCCUUUAUUCAGAUUCUGUUUCCAUUGGGAAAGUUGUCACAUAUGAUCUAUGGGUGUCUUGCAGCUAUUAUAUUUUCUGGCUACAUUGUCUAUGACACAGACAACCUUAUCAAGAGGUACUCCUAUGAUGAGUAUAUCUGGGCUUCUGUCUCCUUAUAUCUAGAUGUCAUCAACCUCUUCCUCUCUCUACUUACUGUUUUUAGAGCUGCUAAUUGAAGAUGAUAUAGGAAAUUCUAUUUGAUGUAAAUUUCUGUUAGAUGCUAAAUGACCUUGUCCAACUGUGGAAUCUAAUGUCUUUUAACGGUUUCUUGAAUAUCUCAUUAGGAUUUUAAGGUUAGGUUUGAAUCAUGGUUUUUAUGUUUCUAUAGCCUCAAGGAGAGAGAUAAACUAUCUGUAAUAUCAUGAAUGAUGAUGCUAUUACAUUUGGUGUUAGCAUUAGUUGUAUUUAACUAAACUCUCUACAAUUUCAAGUUUCAACAAUAUUGAUGUUAUUGCGAUAUGAAA